AUGUUUAUCGAAAUUUUGCUGGGGUGAGUUUUUUUAUUGAAAAAAAUAUAAAUUUUUUUCAGUGAAAAAAAUAUUUUUUUAUAAAUUUUCGAAUUCUUCAUUUUUUUCAGAUUACUCCGAUGCUGCAUAAUCACAGCUUUGAUUCCGGUGAUUUUCGUCGUGAUUAUUCUCCCCUUUUUUUCUGCUUUUUUUCUUCCCACAAUACGGUCAAUACAUAUUCUUCCUCAAUUUCCGUGAGUUUUUCAUUGCUUUAAAAAUUUAUUUCAUUAAUUUUGUAAUUAUUAGGACGACUACCAAUGACGGACUAUGGAAAUGUGUCGACGAACGGUGUUGAUUCUAUUGGGAGAGCAUUUUUAUGUGCCGGGAAAAGCGGGAAAAAUCGGAGUUUGGUGGGUUUUCUGAGUUUUUUUUGCAAAGUUACAGCGAAUAUUUUUUUGCUUGGAAGAUGAAUAAAAUCUAUAUCUUAUUCAAAAAACUUUGCUAGAGUUUUUUUAAAGGCGUGGAAGCCCUAAAUGACUUUUUAAACUACAGAAAAUGACAUUCAAAAAUUUUUUUGAAAAACUGUACUAUAUAUCAAAUAAGCACCCCAGCAAAGUUUUUUUAAAAUAGAAUCGAACAAAAAACUGAAUAAAUUAAAAGUGUCGUAAAAUAAAUUGUUCUUGGUUACCAGUUGAAUAAGAUAUAGAUAAGAUGGCUUGUGUUUACAAUCUUGAUGCAUACCGUAAUCCCAAAAAUUAUUUAUUUCGCUAUUAAAUUUAUUUUUGCUCAAUUUUUUCAUCGAAUUAUGAGAAUUUUUGCAAUUUUCAGGCACAUACUGCCGUCGUCCUUAUCGCUGCACUACCGCAAAAACGGAAUUCAGCCGAGCGAUGAGGAAAUGGCCGAACAAUUGGCCCGCGACGAUAACAGGUUAUUAUUUUUUGAACUCUUUUUGGUCUCUGUUUCAAUUGGCGGAUUUUUUUUUCGUGAAAUUUAGUUUGAAGUUUUUUUUUUGAAUGCAAAGUGUUUGGGGGCAGAGUUUCAAAUUUAUAAAUGAGCAUGAUUUAAAGUUUUUUCUGUUUGGAUCCAUAACUAAUCAGAAAAAUAAGAUUAAAAAGCUCGGAUAAAAAAAUUUUUAUCUGACUUGAAUAUCUUAUAGUUUAUCCUCUAUGACAUUUUUGAAGCUUUAAAGUUUGAGAUUUUUGUUCUAAAAACUUUUAUAAUUUUAUUUCGUUUUCCUGUUUCAUAAAUCUUCAAUAAGAAUUUUGAAGUGAUUUUAAAUUUGUUUAUGGACUGUUCGUAUCUGUUUUACUUGAAAAACUAGUCAGAAACUGGUUGCAUUGAAAUUUAAUCAAUGGCAUUUUUACAGUUCUGUGAAGACUUAUUUACCAUUCUCUCAAAAAAUUUCCAAAUUUUAACCUUUUUUAGUUGAAAAUAAAAUCGUUUUAUUGGUCAACUACAACUCGAAUAUGAUUCAAAGAAAUGUCCAGAAACAUGAAAAAUCAUGAUAAGAUUGGAAAGAGCAAGUUUCAAAGCGAUUUUUCAAUAAAAAAAAACGAAAAAAAGGCUGAAAAUCUGGUGGCAUUUCUGAGGUGCUUUACAAAGGAGGUCAUUUUACUUUUUGGUUGGGAGUUUUCUGGAAUUUGCCAGAAUGUUCCUAGAUGUACCAAAAAUAGAUUCUGAAAGUCUCAGCCUCCAAAAAUUCCCAGUUUUCGAGAAUUGAGGGUUCAAAAUGGCCCAUUUAACGGAUUUUGAGGGUUCUUUAAGGUCUCUAUUCUUAAAAACUAGGAAGUUUUGGAGUUUGAGACUUUUUUGUAUUUUUUUCUGGUACUUUAAGGGUUAUUCUGGCCGAUUUUCAGGAAACUCCCAACCGAAAAGUGAAAUGACUCCUUUUGAGCCCCCCUAAUAAGGAAGGGGGGGCUUAAAAAUGUGACCAAGUUAUCGGUCCUUUCUCGUUUUUUAAUCCAAAAACCGCUUCGAAAGAAAUUUUUAUUUUAUUUUCAUUUUCCCGGUUCCUGGACCUCUAUUUGAGAACUGAAAUGACCAUCCCUUGAUUAGAAUUUUUCUGAAUUUCGUCGAUUUUCCAGAGUAAUUCUCUACGCCCACGGGAAUUCCUUCGACCGGACAAUGGAACACCGUGUACACCUGUACAACGUCCUGGCCAAACUCGAUUUCCAUAUCAUCGCUUUCGAUUAUCGAGGUGAUUAUUUUUGGGAUUUAACUGAUAUUACGGUUUCUCAGAAAAUAUUUGUAGUCAAGUUUUCGAUUUGAGCUUGUUCGUAGAGAUUGGAAAAAAAAAUGUCAGAUUGGUCGGUAUAGGGUUCUUUAUAGUGUUAAUGUUUCAAUAAUCUAAAAAUUGCCUUAAAGUUUUGGUUUUUUUCAUACUUUAAAAAGUGUCAAAAAAAUCAAAAAAAUUCACGGGUAAAAAUGAAUUUUUCUGUGUUUCUUUCGAGUAAAUUUAUGUCAAACUGGUUUUUAUUUGACCCGAAAUGCUACGUGAAAAAAAUAGAGUUUAUAAGGAUUUGACAGCUUUUUCCUUGAUUUAAAAAAAUCAUAAAAAAAUAAAGAAAAAAAGUUUUUUUGAAAAAUUAAUGAUCAUUUUUUUGAGAAAAAAAUCAGUCUUUAAACUGUUCAUUUUAUGAAGAAUAUUGUACUCUGAAACUUUUAAAAUCCUCAAAAAAAGUCAAAUAAAGCCAUUUUUCGAAAUUUUUUUAAAGCAGAAAAAUGUUUUUUCUUUAAUAUGAUUUUUGUUUGAAAGUUCAAAAAACGCUAUUUUUAUGUCUUUAAAAAAAAUUCUGGCUUUAUUUUUUAGCGAUUUGAAGCUUUUGCUUACAUGCUUACAGGAAUAUAACACGUUUUAUUUUUUUUCCCACGAAAAAUUGGUUUUCCCAUCUGUGUUUGCUCAUAUUUUUCUUUUCCUUGUAAUAUUUGCUCAUCGGUUAUUUUUUCUCAUUCAAUUUUAUGCUGUUUGGACAGCGUGUCUUAUCAGAGUUUUCCGAGAAAUUUUUUUUUAUUGACUUUUUAUGAAAUUCGCAGUCCAUUUUAAACGCAUUAGCAAUGCGUUUUUUGGCGCCAAUUCAAAAAUUAUCAAAUUUUGAGGUUUCCAGUUGAAGAAAUUGAUUAUUUGCAUGAAACAAAUUACGAGGAAAGUGUUUUGGAAUUUUAUAUCAGGUAAAUAGAGAGAAAUUUGAAGAAAAAGCUCCAAUAACGGGUUAUUUUUUGAAUUGGCGCCAAAACGGUUUUUGGACAUGAACUGGCCGUUUCAAUUGAGAUUGAAUUGAAUUUUUUUUUGUCUUUGUCAGUAAAAAAAUUUGUCUGCAGGCUACGGCGAUUCUGAAGGCUCCCCGACGGAGGAGGGAAUCGUCAGCGACACGAGGACCAUGUACGAGUACGUCAAGGCCCAAGUCGGCCAGAAGACGAUUUUCGUCUGGGGACACUCCAUGGGCACCGGGUUUGUUCAUUUUCCCGUUUCUAGGGAAAUGCUUAGUGGCCACUGUAGAGGGUCGUUAAGGACCACCUGGAGAGGACGCUAAAGUGGCCUCUAUUUUCCGUUUUAGUGGCCACUUCAGUAGUUUUUCAUCCAGUAUUCCUUCCAGUAACUCUGAUAAUUUCCAAACAAACAGACUGAACCAGGUAUGUUGAUCCACUGACCCCUAAAGUGGUCACUAAACAUUUUAGUGGUCUAGUAGUAGCACUCAGACCUCUAUAGUGGCCACUAACCUUUAACCCCUUAAGUGGCCACUAAUUUGACUACUAUAGUGGCCACUAAAAAUUAUCCCAGUUUUGAUGAACAUUUAUAACUUGGAAAUCGUCCAGAGCUUCUCAGAAUUGCUCAAAAUCUCUCAGAAUCGCCAGAGCAGUCACUAGAGGGGAUCUUAUAGGUUCCCCUUAAGGGAUUACCUUAAUUACUUCCAUAGAGGCAUUGGAGAUUGCAAAAGUGGCUACUUUAGGGAUUUCUGUUAGUGCCCACUCUAGGGGAGUUUGCUAGUGGUCCCUGACUUUUUUGUCAGCUUUUUUUAAGCCACUAUAGGGACCACUUAAGCGUCAGGGCCUUCAAAGGCACCCUCUAGGGACCAUUUUUUGACCCCUAUAGGGCUUUUCUCCGCAUAACCCCUAUAGUGAUCACUCCGCCACUUCUCAGCUCCCUGAAGAUCCAAAAAAAUUUUUCAUUAUCUGUCGAAACUGAUUUUUUUGGUUACGAAUACUGACCGAAAAAGUUUUUUUUUCGAAAAAUUUGAUUAUUUGGAACUAAAGGAACCUUUACAGAGUUUCCACUAAAGUGGUGAUGGACCUUUCGAUGGAAGGAAGUCCCCCGAGGGGACUCAUCCUCGAAUCGCCCUUCAACAACCUCCACGACGCCAUCGUCAAUCACCCACUCUUCAUCGUUAGUUUUGUUUUUAACCAAAUCAAAAAUUUCGAACUUAAAAAUCUUUUACUGUUUCUACAAUAUCAUAAGGACAUCUUUUUGUUUCCAAUUUUGAUCCUCCAGGCGUAGAAUGGUAGAAAAUGCAAUAUUUUAUCGUUGAAAAGUGAUAAAAAAACGAAAUUAUAUUGUUUUUUUCCACCGAAAGGGGGACAGAGUGACCCUUAAAGGGUCCCUGAAGAUUCCCCUUUAGGGACCACUUUACGUCCCCGAACUGAAGCUUGUAAAAGUGGUUACUCCAGGGUUCUUGGUUAGGCUCUCUCUAGGGGAGUAUUAUAGUGAUUCCUAUAGUUUUUUUGAUACCUUUUUUUCUUUCAUUUGGUACCAGAAAGUUGGAAGAUCUCUAUAGGGACCCCUUGAGGUUUUAAGGCUUAGUGGCCGAACUCUGAACCCCUAUAGGGAACUUUUUAGGACUUAGCGGUCAAACUUUAAAUCCCUAUAUGGACCACCUCAGUUUCAGCCUUCACCUUCUAUCCCUAACCCUUAAAGGACCAUCUAAAGAUUUACUUUUUUACAACUUUUAUUCAAAAAAGUUAGGUUUUCCGCUUUUUUAUGCUACAGAGGGGCCCUUGAAGGUUCCCCUCAAGUGACUAAUUCAUCCCGCCCCUAUAGGGACCACUUGAAUUAUACCCCUAAAGAGAGUUCUAUUUAAGCUUCUGUGGGGUCUGUUUUCCCUUAAAAUCAUUCUAGAGAUCACUCUGACGUUUCUCAAUUGCUUCAAAACAACUUUAUUUUUGACAAUUUUAAUUCAAAAAAAGUUAGGAUUUCCCCUUUUUUCUGCUCCAGUAAGAACGCUAGAGCGGUCCCUGUAGGAAGGUUCCUCUUAAGUGACUACUUCAUCCCGGCUCCCUAAAGGGACCGCUUGGGGUCUUAGGAGGCGAACCCUAAAUCCUAUAGGGACCACUUGAAUUAUUUCUCAAAAAGGGGUUCUUUUACUUUUCUAUAGCGCUCUUGUAGGUUCCCCUCAAGUGACUACUUCACCCCCCUAUAAGGACCACUUGAAUUAUACCCCUAAAAAAACUCUAUUUAAUAGCCUAUAUGGUCUUUUUUUCUUAAAAAAAAACUAGUGAUCACUUUGACGUUUCUUAAUUUGCUAGAGUGGUCCCUAUAGGGUCCUUGUGGGUUCUUCUCAAGUGAAUACUUUAUCUCCCGCCCCUAUAGGGACCACUCGGGGGCUCAGAAGGCGAACCCUAAACCCUAUAGAGACCACUUGGAUUACACUCCUGAAAAAGUUAUAUUUAAGCUUCUAUAGGGGCUGUUCUUUUUUUAAUCUUUCUAGGGAUCACUCUGACGUUCCUUAAUCGCUUGAAAAGAAUUUUAUUUUGACAACUUUUCAUUCAAAAAAGUUGGGGUUUCCGCUUUUUUCUGCUUGAGUAGGAACGCUAGAGUGGUCCCUAUAGGGCCCUUGAAGGUUCCCCUCAAAUGACUAAUUCAUCCCGCCCCUAUAGGGACCACUCGGGGGCUUAAAAGGCGUAUUCUAAAUCUUAUAGGGACCAUUUGAAUUAUACCCUGAAAAGAGCUCUGUUUGGUUCCUUAAAGGGUCUUUUUUUUUCUUAUAACCACUCUAGGGAUCACUCUGACGUUUCUUAAAUGCUUGAAAAGAUUUUUCCGCUUUUUUGCGCCGCAGCAGGAACGCUAGAGUGGGCCCUAUAGGGCCCUUGAAGGUUCCUCUCAAGCUUCUUCGCCCCUAUAGGGACCACUCGGGGGUUUAGGAGGUGAACCCUAAACCCUAGGAACCACUUAAAUUAUACCCCUAAAGAGAGCUCUAUUUGGUCCCCUAUAGGGGCUGUUUUUCCUUCUCACCAUUUUAGGGGUCACUAAACUUCCUUAGCCGCUUGAAAAGCUAUGUUUUGACAAUUUUGAAAUUUGACAGAUCUUUUGCUGGAUGAACGAGUUUUUCGUGCAAAAUUUCCUCAUGAAGCCCCUGAAUCGAGUCGGUUUGCACAUGGAGACGGACGCGAGAAUCGCCAAGUGGGAGCUUUUCUAGAAUUCUUCCUGAAGCCUGUUUCAAAAUUAUCUUUUAACAAGGGUUUUUUUUUUCCAGCGUGACGUGUCCCAUUUUGAUUCUACACGCGCAGGACGACGAAACGUUGCCGGUCAAGUUGGGCAGACGGCUGAGGGUUCGUUUUUCCUCAAAAACUCCAGAAAAGAAACCCUUAGGGACGGCAGAGUAGCCCCUAAAGGGGUGACCUCAAGGGCCCUUGAAAAUCCCCCUUUAGGGAUCACUAUACCUUCCUAUAGGCCCCUACACUAAAAUAUGUAAAAGUGGCCACUCUAGGGGUAUUAGGAGAGCAGGCUAGUGGUCCCUAGAGAAACAGAAAUAAAAAGACCCCUUUAGGGACCACUUUAGCUUCAGGAGCUUGAUGUAAAAACUCUGAACCCCUAUAGGACCACCUUUAGCCCUCAAGGAAGCAGUAUUUUGACCACUUUAGGGACCACUCUGGCUUUCCUGGGUUAGUGAUUGUAAACUUAAAUUUUGUUUUGAAAAGCUUUAACUGUAGAAAAUUUGAUAGCUGUUCCAUCAUUUUAACGUUUCUUGUUGAGUUUUUAAACCAGGAAUUUUUUCGCUCCUCAGUAAUACACUUUCCGUUGAUCGCACACUGUCUGACCUGUCUGCGCUCUCUUUUCUCUCACCGGAAAAGAGCUAGCCAAAAAAAAAAGACAGAAACGAUAUUUCUUCAGAAGGACGGCGUAACAAAACUUAAAAGACCACUUUAGUAACCACUUGAACUUUGGAGGCUCAGGAAUCAGAAUCUGAACCCCUAUAGUGACCACUUGAGCUUGGGAGGCUUAGGAAUCAGAAUCGAAACCCCUAUAGUAACCACUCAAUUGUUAUCCCUCUAGGUUUGUCCACUAUAUGGGCUUUUUCUCCCCUAACCUCUCUAGUGACCACUUGGACAUUCCUAAUUUACUCAAAUUUUUUUGUUUGAAAAAUUUUUAAAAAAAGUCAAUAUUGCUAUCUACUAUGGAAAAACAUUCCCCUCAUCAUUUCAAAGUUUCUUUUCUGAAUUUUCAAGCCCUCUUAUUCCUUUUUUUAAUUUCUGAGGCCCUAGAUUGACCACUCUAAGGCUUAAAAUUGUUAUGUAAAAGUGACCACUUUAGGUGGGGGUAUAGUGGUCGCUAGAGGGACAAAAAGUAGAGUUAAACGUAACAAAAAUUGAAAGACCACUGUAGUAACCACUUGAAAUUUGGAGGCUCUGGGAUCGAAAUCUAAACCCCUAUAGUGACCACUUGAAUUUUAGCCUUUUUUCUCCCUAUCCCCUCUAGUGACCACUCGGGCGUUUCUUAUAAUAUUAUCGAUUUUUCGAAUAACAGGAUCACUUCCAGGACUCGGCCCUGACGGCGAAUCGAACCGUCGACUAUGUCGAAUUCGAGGCCUCGCGCCGCUUCGGCCACAAAUACAUCCACAAGGCGAAAGAACUGCCCGAAGUCGUCCGGAGUUUCAUCAGAAAAUGCGACGUCAUGGCCUCCUAG